AUGAUCACAGAUGCCACCCUGAUGAUGUAUGGUACUGUGGGURCUGGGGUGGUGGCUGAAGUGCUGGCAGAUGUCAGCAGGUGCCAYGGUGGCAAGACGCCGUGGCAGGUCUGUGCCGGGCUGAAGCUGUGCCACGGAGAGCCCGGSGCCGCCCCGGCCCUGCCCGUCCUUGAGACGCUCGGCACCGACCCGCAGCCCCCCGUGUCCCCGCCGGGCUCCGCAGCGGCCGGGCUGUCCCCGGGGGCGAUGCCGGUGCCGAUGCCGACGUGCUGGCUGUGCCGCACGCUGGUGGCGCGGGCCGAGGCCGCUGUCCCGGUGGCCUCGGUGGCCGCUGCCGCCGCGGGGCUGUGCCGGGCGCUGCCGCUGCCGCUGGCCGGGGCGUGCGAGUGCCUGGCCCAGCGCUACGCGGCCCUGGCGCUGGAGCGGCUGCUGGGCCGCCUGGGACCCCGCAUGCUCUGCCGRCUCUUCCUCGCCUGUGGCAGCGAGGACUGGGACAAGGAGGACAUGGCGACAUUGCCACCCCCCUSGGUGCUGGAGGCCAUCGUGGUGCAGCUGUCGGAGUGUGUCAGUGGGGAGGACCCCAAGGGUGUCGGUCCCCCCACGCUGUCCCUCCCCCUGGGCCCCUGUGCCCUGGGYCCCCUGUUCUGGUGCUCUGGCCCUGAGGCUGCACGGCGCUGCCAGGCCCUGCAGCACUGCCAGGAGCACGUCUGGCUCUAG